CUGGGUUCCUUCGAGCCCACCCAGGCGCUGGGUUCGCCAAGCAUGCUGGGUUCGCCUGGGUUCGCACCGAACCCAGCAUGCCUGGGUUUGGUGGAACCCAGCACGCUUGGGUUCGGUUCCUUGCGAACCCAAGCGAACCCAAGCGUGCUGGGUUCGCGUCUGGGUUCACACCGAACCCAGCAUGCCUGGGUUUGGUGCGAACGGUGUGAACCCAGCACGCUUGGGUUCGGUUCCUUGCGAACCCAGGCUGGGUUCGCAAGGAACCCAAGCGUGCUGGGUUCGCGUUUGGAUUCCUACAAACCCAGCACGAUAGGAACCCAGAUGAAGAAGGCAAGGCAAGGCAGUUGCUGGGUUAUUGCAGGUGUUGGGUUCGAUUUUUCAAUUUCGAAUGCUAGGUGCUGGGUUUUUGCAGGUGCUGGGUUUUUGCAGGUGCUGGGUUUUUGCAGGUGCUGGGUUUUUGCAGGUGCUGGGUUUUUGCAGGUGCUGGGUUUUUGCAGGUGCUGGGUUUUUGCAGGUGCUGGGUUUUUGCAGGUGCUGGGUUUUUGCAGGUGCUGGGUUUUUGCAGGUGCUGGGUUUUUGCAGGUGCUGGGUUUUUGCAGGUGCUGGGUUUUUGCAGGUGCUGGGUUUUUGCAGGUGCUGGGUUUUUGCAGGUGCUGGGUUUUUGCAGGUGCUGGGUUUUUGCAGGUGCUGGGUUUUUGCAGGUGCUGGGUUUUUGCAGGUGCUGGGUUUUUGCAGGUGCUGGGUUUUUGCAGGUGCUGGGUUUUUGCAGGUGCUGGGUUUUUGCAGGUGCUGGGUUUUUGCAGGUGCUGGGUUUUUGCAGGUGCUGGGUUUUUGCAGGUGCUGGGUUUUUGCAGGUGCUGGGUUUUUGCAGGUGCUGGGUUUUUGCAGGUGCUGGGUUUUUGCAGGUGCUGGGUUUUUGCAGGUGCUGGGUUUUUGCAGGUGCUGGGUUUUUGCAGGUGCUGGGUUUUUGCAGGUGCUGGGUUUUUGCAGGUGCUGGGUUUUUGCAGGUGCUGGGUUUUUGCAGGUGCUGGGUUUUUGCAGGUGCUGGGUUUUUGCAGGUGCUGGGUUUUUGCAGGUGCUGGGUUUUUGCAGGUGCUGGGUUUUUGCAGGUGCUGGGUUUUUGCAGGUGCUGGGUUUUUGCAGGUGCUGGGUUUUUGCAGGUGCUGGGUUUUUGCAGGUGCUGGGUUUUUGCAGGUGCUGGGUUUUUGCAGGUGCUGGGUUUUUGCAGGUGCUGGGUUUUUGCAGGUGCUGGGUUCGUUUGCAGGUGCUGGGUUCGAAAUCGAACCCAGCACACGGUGGGUUUGAGGCUCUGGGUUUCGUUUCGAACCCAGCAGUCGUUGGGUCAAAUAUCUAUUGAGUUUAAUCUGUUGAUUUGUUGUGUUAUCCUCGAAUUUAAUAUUAGGAGUUCGGGUUUGCAGAAGGUUAAAGGAAAGGGAGAGGAAGAAGAAAGGGGAAAAGAAAAAACAAACAAAGAAAAAAAAAAAGAAAAACAAAUUUUUUAA